UGAAGGCGACGGUGCUGUAGAAAGAGAGGAAGGGGCGAGUGGGAAGGAAGCAGGCAGAGGCAGGUUACACGGACUCCUCAGGCCACGGAGCUGCCUGGACCCCGCCUACUCUUCAGGAACUUGCACCGACGGGCGGACGGACAGAACACUGGGAACCCCUGGCAAGUGGAAGGACGGCGUCAAGCAACGGGGCGUCCAGAAGCCUCUGGAAGCGGGCCAAUAGCUGACUGCUGACCACCCUCCCCACGGCCAUGGAUGCCCCUGGCUAUCCUGCAUCGGCGCCCACAACCUUGGAACCUGGAAACACUUCCUCGGCCUGGCUCCUGGAUGCCACCCUGGGAAAUGUGUCGGCAGCCCCCAGUGUGGCAGGGCUGGCCGUCAGCGGUGUUCUGAUCCCACUGGUCUACCUGGUGGUGUGCGUGGUGGGCCUGCUGGGCAACUCCCUGGUCAUCUACGUGGUCCUGAGGCAUACGGCCAGCCUGUCAGUCACCAAUGUCUACAUCCUCAACCUGGCCCUGGCGGAUGAGCUCUUCAUGCUGGGGCUGCCCUUCCUGGCUGCCCAGAACGCCCUGUCCUACUGGCCGUUUGGCUCUCUCAUGUGCCGCCUGGUCAUGGCCGUGGACGGCAUCAACCAGUUCACCAGCAUCUUCUGCCUCACCGUCAUGAGUGUGGAUCGCUACCUGGCCGUGGUGCAUCCCACCCGCUCUGCCCGCUGGCGAACGGCGCCCGUGGCCCGCAUGGUGAGCGUGGCCGUCUGGGUGGCCUCGGCGGUGGUGGUGCUGCCCGUGGUGGUCUUCUCAGGGGUGCCCCACGGCAUGAGCACCUGCCACAUGCAGUGGCCUGAGCCGGCGGCCGCCUGGCGCGCCGGCUUCAUCAUCUACACGGCCGCACUGGGCUUCUUCGGGCCGCUGCUGAUCAUCUGCCUCUGCUACCUGCUCAUCGUGGUCAAGGUGCGCUCGGCCGGGCGGCGGGUGCGGGCGCCCUCGUGCCAGCGGCGGCGGCACUCAGAGCGCAGGGUCACGCGCAUGGUGGUGGCCGUGGUGGCGCUCUUCGUCCUCUGCUGGAUGCCCUUCUACGUGCUCAACAUCGUCAACGUGGUGUGUCCGCUGCCCGAGGAGCCCGCCUUCUUCGGCCUCUACUUCCUGGUGGUGGCGCUGCCCUAUGCCAACAGCUGUGCCAACCCCGUCCUCUAUGGCUUCCUCUCCUACCGCUUCCAGCAGGGGUUCCGCAGGGUCCUGCUGCGACCCUCCCGCCGCGUGCGCAGCCAGGAGCCUUCUGCCGGACCCCCGGGGAGGACAGUGGAGGAGGAGGAGGAGGAGGAGGAGGAGGAGGAGCAGCGGGAGGAGGGGGCAGGGAAGCAGGGGGAGGGGCAGGAGAGGAAUGGCCGGGUCAGCCUCAUCACGCAGCCUGGCACCAGCAGGCAGGAGCGGCCGCCCAGCGGCAAGGCCAGCAAGGACAAGCAGUUCCUCCCGCAAGAGGCCUCGGCUGGGGACAAGCCGGGCACACUGCACGUCAGCUAUCUGUAG